UAUUUAUAGAAAAAAAUCUAUAUCCAAUAAAUUAACACCAGUUUGAUUUUCAAUUCAUGUGUAAAUGUGGAAAUUAAAAUGCAAAAAUUAUUAUUGUUAAUCGCUUUAAUCGUAUGUAUUGUUGAUGCCGAUCAACAACCAAAAUGUCCAUGCGAUGAUCAAAAUGAUUGUAAACGAAUAAUGACCAAUUGGAAGACCAAUCAAACGAUUGGUUAUGUUUUGGAAUCUGAUUCAAAUAUUUGGUCCACAUUCAAAUGGAACAAAUUGACAAUGAUUGCUCUAAUUGAUUUUCAUCAACCAAAAUUAAUGUGUUUGGCUCAUCAUAACAAGAUUCGAAUUAUGGCAUUCGGCAAUUUUACACUGAAUGAUUUAUCCAGUUCUGAUAAGAUGCAUGAAUGGAUCGAAAAUCGAAUAAAAGAAGCACAAAAUAAUUUCUACGAUGGUAUCAAUCUGUUUAUUGAUGAUCCUGUUGAGCCUAAUUCAACAUUUAGUCAACGAAUUACUGAUUUUGUUAGUUUGACCACUAAACAUUUUCAUGAAAAAUUACCUGGAUCAAUCGUUUUAUUUAAUGCACCGUUUAGUCCGAAAAAUGAAAAAGGCAAAGCUGUUGAUGGAAAAAACUAUGAUUAUGUUGCAAUUUCUAAAUCAGUUGAUUUGAUGAUUGCAAUGGAUUUUGAUCAACGUAGUCAAUCAUUUGAUGAACCUAAAUGUUUAGCUGGUGCUCCUGAAUCGCUUUACAUUACUAUUGGUAGUCUGAUGGCAUAUAAAAAUAUUGGAGUUGAUCUUAAUCGAAUGAUACUAACAUUAGGUUUCUAUGUUGAUGAAUAUCUAUGUAUUGAAUAUCAUCAAAAUUAUCGUUGUAUUAUUCAACCAUAUAAUUAUCGUGGUGCAAAUUGUAGUUCUAAAAUUGCCAAUCGUAUACCGUGGAAUGUUUAUAAAACAAUGAUUGGACAAUGUUGGAUUCAAGUUUGGGAUGAACAUUCUAAUCAUGAUAUCUAUACAUAUCUGGAUAAUUCAAUUUAUGGUCAAAUUAAACAAUAUUGGAGCGAUUAUCCUGCCAUUUUUAAAAAAAUGAUUUUAAUAGAUGAAAAUCAAAUGUCCGGUAUUGGUGUUUGGAUGUUGAAUUAUUUGGAUGACAAAAUCUGGUCACAAUUACCCGAAAGACAAUAACAUGUUUGAUGAUUUUUAUUUUAAUUCAAACAGUUUGAUGAUAAAAAUUUUCAUCGUCAUCAUUAUUUUAUAAAUUAA